AUGGCCACCCCGCGCGUCGUCAUCAUCGGCGCUGGCAUCGUCGGCACCAACAUUGCCGACGAGCUGGUCGCGCGCGGAUGGACCAACAUCACCGUCGUCGAGCAGGGCCCGCUGCAGAUGCCGGGAGGCUCGACAUCGCACGCGCCAGGCCUCGUGUUCCAGACGAAUCCGUCCAAGACGCUGACCUCGUUCGCCAGCUACACCGUCGAGAAGCUGCUCUCGAUCGGCUGCUUCAACCAGGUCGGCGGCCUCGAAGUGGCCGAGACGCCGGAGAGGCUCGAGGACCUGAAGCGGAAACACGGCUACGCGUCGUCCUGGGGCAUCGAGUCGAGCCUCAUCAGCGCCGAGGCGUGCUGCAGGCUGUACCCGCUGCUGAGCAAGGACGUCGUCCUCGGCGGCCUGCACAUCCCCUCUGAUGGGCUGGCUCUGGCCGCCAAGGCUGUGCAGGUUCUCAUUGAGCGCACGCGCAAGGCGGGCGUCACGUAUCUGGGCAUGACGCCGGUGACGGGGUUUGAACGCAGCGACGGCCGCGUCACGGGCGUCAUCACAAAGAGCAGCGGCACCAUCCCCGCCGACAUUGUCAUCUCGUGCGCCGGCCUCUGGGGCGUCGAAGUCGGCGCCAUGGUCGACCUGCCCAUUCCCCUGCAGCCAGUGGCACACCAGUACGCCAAGACGACGGCCGUGCCGGCGCUCAAGGCCAAGAACCCGGCGCCCAACAGCGCGAGCCUGCCCAUCCUGCGCCACCAGGACCGCGACUUGUACUACCGCGAGCACGGCGAUCACAUGGGCAUCGGAUUCUACGGCCACCGUCCCCUCCCAGUCGUCGCGGCCUCGCUGGGCGAGACCCGAGCCAACGUCUCCGAGCACGACAUGCCAUCGCGCCUCGACUUCACCCCCGAGGAUUUUGAUCCCGCCUGGACGCUGAGCCAAACGCUCCUCCCAGCGCUGCGAGAGACAGAGAUCGCCCACGGCUUCAACGGCAUCAUGUCCUUCACGCCCGACGGCGGCCCGCUCAUCGGGCGCGCGCCUGCGCUUGAGGGCUUCUUCGUCGCCGAGGCCGUGUGGGUGACGCACUCAGCCGGCGUCGCGCGCGCCGUGGCGCAGCUGCUGACGACGGGCCGCGCCGACGCCGACCUCGCCGACUGCGACCUUGCGCGCUUUGAGCGCGUCCAGCUGACACCGGCCUACGUCCGCGAGACGGGCCAGCAGAAUUUCGUCGAGGUCUACGACAUUCUGCACCCGCUGCAGCCGCGCGACGCGCCGCGGAACCUCCGCGUGAGCCCGUUCCACGCGCGCCACGAGGACCUCGGCGCCUACUUUCUCGAGGCCGGCGGCUGGGAGCGCCCGCACUGGUUCGAGGCCAAUGCGACGUUGCUGCGGGAGCUGCCGGCGGCGUGGCGCCCGCGGGAGCGCGACGCGUGGGCGGCGCGGUACGACUCGCCCAUCACCGCCGUCGAGGCCUGGAAGACGCGGACGGCCGCCGCCAUGUACGAUCUGACGCCGAUCCGGCGGCUCGAGAUGUCGGGCCUCGGGAUCGUCGACCUGCUGCAGAAGCUGACGACGAGCAACGUCGCGAAGGAGGUCGGCAGGCGUCACGUUUUGUACUGCUCCUAG